CGAGUCUGAGUCGUCGACGCUGCUGUCCGAUGUUGCAGCGUCCGUAGACCGCUACAUCGACGGCAGAACAUAAGUAGUAUGGCCUCGCAGUUCCUGCGGUGGUUGCAGGAGAACAAGAUCGUCCUUCACCAGGACAUCGCCAUCGUGCAUACCCCGGAUGCGGGCAUCGCAGUGACAUCCACGAGCGAUUGUGGGAUCCUUCAUCCCCAAACAGUUGCAUCGAUACCCAAAUCCGCGAUCCUAUCUGUCCGCACUUGUGCACUGGCUGGACAGAUCCACGGUGCACCGUAUGGGCACGGCGCCGCUCUUACGCUCUCACUAGCCCUCUACUCCGAAAUUUUGAAAGGUGUGGCGUCGAGAUGGCAUCCAUAUUUGCAAUCUCUUCCCGCCACACCGGUGCCCAUUGCUCGGCUAUGGGGUGACGCUUGUGCGUUUCCUGAUGAUCCGGACUCGCAGGAGGCGCGCCUGUGGAUACAGGGCACGGAGGUACAGAGGGAAAUUCAAGACAAUGACGGAAGUUCGCUCAUGGACGAGACACGGGAUUACUACACGACGGAAGUCCAUCCACUUCUGGAAUCGGUCAAACUGCAGCCGACCUUGCAAGGAUUCUUGCACGCAUACUCGCUUGUCUGCUCCCGUGCAUUCCUCGUGGACGCCUACCACGGCCUAUCUAUGGUCCCAGUAGCAGAUGCCUUCAAUCAUGCUCACGAAAACCAUGUGCAGUUAGCCAGCGAUUUUGACGUAUGCCCGCUCUGUGGGUCGCUUACAGAAUGCCCUCAUGACCGCGAAGACACAUCUACCCGACCUCCCGUGCCGAAUCGGCCAUUGCACGCAUCUUCAGAUCCCUCGGACACUGUGGACAUGGUCACCGUCCGGGAAAUCCCCCCGGGCACGGAAGUCUUCAACACGUACGGUGCCGACCUCGGCAACGCCGCUCUCCUAUCACGCUAUGGCUUCGCACUUUCUGGCGGAGACACGGACUUUGUGACCUUCGGCUGGCCGGGCUCAGGUAUCGUACCGGAACACGACAACGAAGUAGAGAUGUUCCGCGCGAUAUACACACAAGUGCACGAGGACGUCGAGGCGGCCAUCGUCGGGCGGAGCGCAAUGGUGUUCGCUCCCGACUGGGCAGGACAAGAGACCUGGCACGAGGCCGUCAACAGUGACGGCCAGGCGUCGCUCUGGCUUUUCCUGUGGGCGGUUUGGAUUGGGCUGACUGAGCGGCCUCCGCUGGCGUUGGCGGGCAAGUCCGAUAUCGAGAUCCUCGCUGCCCUCCCUCAAUAUCUGCUUCCCAUCGUCGCCGCGCUCAUCCAGACGGAAGCUCUCCGCGACGAUGAUACUAGCGCCAUGCGCGAUCUGGACGCGGAGCCGUCCGACGAUGUGCAGCUCCUUGCGGUCGCCGCGGAAGCCUUAGCAUCUCUCUGCCGCACGCGCAUAUCGGGAAUGGGCAAAAAGGGCUACAGAGGAGCCCGCCCGGAUGUCCUUGGGGAUAUACUCGACAAACUACCGCCGGAAAGAACCAAGACCAGGUUGGCGCUUGAAUACCUACUUGCGGAACGCGCGUUGCUGGAGACGUGCGCGGCAAGCUGGGAGGAUCUCCGCAAUAUCAUUACUAAUGGGUCUGAGGUCGACGAGGGUAGUGACAUGGAGCCUUGAGGGUCAAUCGGCCCGACAACACACUAUCGCAAUCGACAUACCCCCUUGUCUUGAAACUAGAUGAAUGAUACCACAGCGU